AUGAGUUCCCGACCGCCUUAUGCAAAAUUCCCUGACCCACCUCGAACCAGGCUCCUCCAAUCGAUCCGAAUCCCGCCAAUUGACCCAACCGCCGCCCGUCCGCACCUCCUUCGCGCAGCCCCAGCCACGAUGUCGAGCAAGUACGCAUUCACAAAGGCCCUCAAGGAGCGCCGCGACCCGGUACGUUUCCUCGACUUCCCUACACACGCUCAGCGCAUGUACACCCCAACCUCGAAACCUCCCAACGACGACGACGACACCAACCGCUCGCAUCACCUCGAUCCCCCGCUAACCCCUCAUCGCAAUAGCAACUUCGUCGCAAGAGCCUACCCCACGAUGAAGAAGAACAACCCCCAGACUCCCAUCCUCAUCCGCGAGGCCGCCGGCACACUACCCAAGAUCUACGCGAGAUACGAAUUCGGCGUCGAAAAGAGCCAGUCGCUGGAAGGCCUGUCGGACAAGCAGAUCGAGGACACAGUUACGACCCUGACCAAAACAAGGACCUUUUGUACCAUCACCAUGUUGUUGAGAAUGACGAGCCGAAAGUUGCGCCAUGGUAACAGUUCGGGGUUAUCUGUGUUUGCAAAGUACCAUUUCUACGACGAUCCCAUAUGCGGUCUGCUGGAUAGUGUCCACAACCCCCGGGAUGUUCACUGUGCCCUUGAUCAGACGAGGCUCUGGGAGAAGACGAGUUCACUUUAG